UCCAUAAGAUGGGUACUUCUCCUGUUUGGUAAGAGUGAUUGAAAAUCACGGUAAAGAUUGGCGUCACAACAUCUGCUAGUUCUUUAAGGACACUUGGUGAUAUAUUAUCAGGCCCCGCCGUCACCAAAAUUUCCUUUGCCUCAACCUCAACCCUCAACUCAAAUCCUUGAGGUUUCCUUAACUGAGAUUUUCCUCAAUUCGCCGUCACCAAACAGUCUGAGGAGUACCUCAGUUGAGGCUGAAAAUUCACACUCAACUCAGUUGAGAAAGUACACGAUUAAUUUCGGGUGAUUUCGCGGAAUAUUUUAUGUAAUGAUUUUACGUAAUAAAAUUUCUCUCGUCUGCAUUUGUGUUUUGUAAACAUGGCUGAAAAAGAUAUUUUAAGUUUGAUUUCGAGUGCAAAGAGGAAGCGGGGGGCUAACUGGUCCACUGAGGAGGAGAUCGUGUUGAUCGAGGAAGUUUUGAAGAACGAAGAGAAGUUAUUUGGAAAAAUGAAAGGGGCGGGGAUGAAGGGGAAACAUGUAAAACUGAAAGAAGAGACAUGGCAGUCUAUAACAGACACAUUGAAUUCGCAAUUUAGAAAUGAAAGAACCUCAGAAUCAAUUUCUAAAAAGUACGACAACGUAAAACAGAGAGCCAAGGAUAAGAUUGACGGAAUACGCCGUCCCAAGACAGGGGGAGGUCCACCAAUGCCACCACUGACCCAAGCUGAGGAGGUCCUCUAUCAAGCUAUGGACUCUAGACCCAACAUUGUAGGCGUGAUUGGCGGAAUUGAUUCAGAUGAACCACUGACAUGUUUUUCUGAACCUCAAGAGGAAGUAUGUGCUUCAGCCGCGGUGACAGGUGUCUCGAGUUGUGUGGCAAGUGGGAGCGGUGACGCAUCAAGCUCAUUUAGUGUUAGACGAUCUAUGGAGAAGAAGAACAGGAAGACAAAGAGAGAUGUUGUCGAGGAUUUGGAAAUAGAAAACAUUAAGCUAGAAAACGCAAAACUUGUUCUAGAAAUGAAGAAACUUGAACUGGAACAGAGAAAAUUAGAGGCAGAGGAAAAGAAAUUUCAAAAUGAAAAUCAUUUAAUUGAAUUAAAGAAAUCCUAUUUGAUUUGUAAACUAAAUGCGGAAUUUCCUGAGUGCAUGUUACAUGUAAACCCAGCUUGUAUGUAGUCAGGAAAGACCAAACACAUCUUCUCAAAAGAAAAAAACCGACCAGAAAUGAAAAAUAAUUUGAUCACUAAUGUCAUUGUCAUUGUUUUUAUCAGAUAUAUAGGACAUACUUCAGCUAAAUUGCCAAGUGGCAAUAUCUUCUUACCGACCUAUCCAUCUAUUAAUUCAUAUCUGUAUAUUGAAUUCUGAAUUUCCAUAAUCCAUCAUAAACCCAAUGUGUCAAUGAAUUACCUUUGAACAAUCUUAAACCCUUGAUCCGGGAAGUAAACAAGAAAA